UCUCACAGUGAUUGUGUUUGAUUGAUAGAAAUUGAAUUGUACAAAUUGAACAAAUUUUAUUUUAUAUUUGAUUAAAGAAGAAAAAAAUGGCUCGAACAUAUGAAGAAGAAUUGGAAUAUUUGGUUCGAAAUAAUUCCAAUAGCUGGACUAUAAAAAAAGGAUUUGUACCUGGUAUGAAGGUGGAAGGAAUUUUCUAUGUCAAUGAUCAUUUGGAGAAACUUAUGUUUGAAGAAUUACGAACAUCAUGUAGUGCUGGAGGUUUUGGUGGUUUUUUACCCGGCGUUAAACAAAUUGCCAAUGUUGCUGCAUUGCCUGGUAUCAUAGGGAAAUCGAUUGGUUUGCCCGAUAUUCAUUCUGGAUAUGGUUUUGCCAUAGGUAAUAUGGCUGCAUUCGAUAUGAAUGAUCCUGAAGCAAUCGUUUCUCCGGGUGGUGUUGGUUUCGAUAUCAAUUGUGGUGUACGGUUUUUACGAACCAAUUUAUUCGAGAAAGAUGUCCAACCUGUUAAAGAAGAAUUGGCACAAUCAUUAUUUGAUCAUAUUCCUGUGGGUGUCGGGUCAAAAGGUAUUAUUCCAAUGAAUGCUAAAGAUUUAGAAGAAGCUUUAGAAAUGGGUGUCGAUUGGUCAAUGCGCGAAGGUUAUGCAUGGGCCGAAGAUAAAGAACAUUGUGAAGAAUAUGGUCGUAUGCUAAAUGCUGAUCCAAGUAAAGUAUCGAUGAAGGCGAAAAAACGUGGAUUACCACAACUUGGUACAUUAGGUGCCGGUAAUCAUUAUGCUGAAAUUCAAGUGGUGGACGAAAUUUUUGAUAAAUAUAAUGCCGAAAAAAUGGGCAUUGAAUCCAUUGGACAAAUUUGUGUUAUGAUUCACAGUGGUAGCCGUGGUUUUGGACAUCAAGUUGCAACCGAUGCUCUAUUGGAGAUGGAAAAAGCAAUGAAACGAGAUAACAUCAAAGUGAACGAUCGACAAUUGGCAUGUGCACGAAUCAAUUCUGUCGAAGGUCAAAAUUAUCUAAAAGCAAUGGCGGCGGCUGCCAAUUUUGCUUGGGUCAAUCGUAGCUCAAUGACAUUUUUGACACGUCAAGCUUUCGCGAAAACUUUUCAUUCAACACCCGAUGAUUUAGAUAUGCAUCUCAUCUAUGAUGUUUCACAUAAUAUUGCUAAAGUGGAACAACACUUGGUGGAUGAUAAACCCAAAACAUUACUUGUUCAUCGUAAAGGAUCGACAAGAGCUUUUCCACCACAUCAUCCAUUGAUUCCUGUGGAUUAUCAGAUCACUGGACAACCUGUUCUAAUUGGUGGUACAAUGGGAACAUGUAGCUAUGUAUUAACGGGGACGGAAACUGGAAUGCAAGAAACAUUCGGCACUACAUGUCACGGUGCUGGUCGUGCCUUGUCACGUGCAAAAUCAAGAAGAAAUCUUGAUUAUCAAGAUGUCCUGAAUGAUUUAGCUGCAAAAGGUAUAUCGAUUCGUGUAGCAUCACCAAAAUUAGUAAUGGAAGAAGCACCAGAAUCUUAUAAAAAUGUAACUGAUGUUGUCGAUACUUGUCAUGCUGCCGGCAUCAGUAAAAAAUGUAUCAAAUUACGCCCAAUUGCUGUUAUUAAAGGCUAAUUUUUAUUUUUUAAAAUUGAA